AUGGCUUCCGAAUGCACAUCGUUCGCUCAGUCGAUCGCUUCGGCUUCGGCCUCGGUCCAAGGCAGAGAGCGAAUCGACCCCUGUUCCACCGACUCAGCCGUCUCGGCUCACCCCAACGGUUCCCCAACCCCUGGUGCCGAGGCGCCACAAGCUGGCAAGCAGCCUAAUGAAGUUUCUGUCGGAGAAGAACUGUCUUCUAACACUGCCCCGGCAGCCCCCCAAGCUGUCAAUGAUCCCAGGAAUGUUGUCCGCAGGAAGUUGACCGGAUACGUCGGUUUCGCCAAUCUUCCCAACCAGUGGCACCGCAAGAGUGUCCGAAAGGGUUUCAACUUUAACGUUAUGGUUGUUGGUGAAUCCGGCCUCGGAAAGUCGACUCUUGUCAACACUCUCUUCAACACCUCACUUUAUCCUCCCAAGGAACGCAAGGGACCUAGCCACGAUAUUAUUCCCAAGACCGUCACUAUCCAGUCGAUCAGCGCCGAUAUCGAGGAGGCCGGCGUUCGUCUUCGACUUACUGUUGUUGACACUCCCGGCUUCGGUGACUUCGUUAACAAUGAUGAAUCGUGGCGACCCAUUGUAGAGAAUAUCGAACAGCGAUUCGAUGCUUACCUCGAUGCGGAGAAUAAGGUCAACCGCAUGAAUAUUGUUGACAAUCGUAUCCAUGCUUGCGUCUUCUUCAUCCAGCCCACUGGACACUCGUUGAAGCCUCUCGACAUUGAGGUCAUGCGCCGCCUUCACACCAAGGUCAACCUCAUCCCCGUCAUCGCCAAGGCCGAUACUCUCACCGACGAGGAGAUCAUCAGCUUCAAGGCUAGGAUUUUGGCCGAUAUCAAGUACCACGGCAUCCAGAUCUUCGAGGGACCUCGAUAUGAGCUCGACGAUGAGGAGACCAUUGCCGAGAACAACGAGAUCAUGUCCAAGGUCCCAUUUGCCGUCGUUGGCGCCACCAACGAGAUUACUAGCCCCGAUGGUCGCAAGGUCCGUGGCCGCCGAUACCCCUGGGGUGUCAUUGAGGUCGACAACGAGGAGCACUGCGACUUUGUCAAGCUGCGACAGAUGUUGAUCCGAACUCACAUGGAGGAGCUCAAGGAACACACCAACAACAACCUGUACGAGAACUACAGAACCGACAAGCUUCUUGCUAUGGGUGUGUCCCAGGAUCCAAGCGUCUUCAAGGAGGUCAACCCCGCCGUCAAGCAGGAGGAGGAACGCGCUCUUCACGAGCAGAAGCUCGCCAAGAUGGAGGCCGAGAUGAAGAUGGUCUUCCAACAAAAGGUCUCGGAGAAGGAGAGCAAACUCAAGCAGAGCGAAGAGGAGCUCUAUGCCCGCCAUCGCGAGAUGAAAGAACAGCUGGAGCGCCAGCGACACGAACUCGAGGAAAAGAAGGCACGUAUCGAGAGCGGUCGCCCGCUGGAAGGCAAGAAGAAGGGAUUCUCACUUCGUUAA